AUGUACGCCAGUGCCAGCGUCUUUGAACACCAAACCCCCGCCUUGAAAAACGUCCCCCUGGCCGUGCAGCAGAAACGCUUUCUCGGCCUGCACAAGCUGCAGCUGAUUCACCACGCAAGAAAAGCCUGUCCGGACCUAGCCAUCGUCCGCGGCGAAGACCUAACCCCCUUUAGGAAUGUCUCCAAGCACCUCAUCCUCAAUCCUAAUGACCCCAGCAACGCCUGCUCCUGUCUCGCCAAGCACCAUCCCACCGUCGGCUUCCCUUACCACCCAACUCGCCUGACAGGCCAUGUGCACCCCAAAACGGUCACCGACAGCUUAGACCCUUUGCAUCUCAGACUGGCUCUCGGAAGCCAUUUGGCCCAUUACCUGCGCUCAAGACUAGCUGCGGAAAAGGGCUAUACCGCCACGGCUGGCAUCUCGACAAAUAAGCUCCUGUCAAAACUUGUCGGCAACACAGACAAGCCUGACGCUCAAACAACGUUAGUGCCGCCCCAUGUUUCCAAUGGGAGCGAUGAAACUGCCGACAACAAGCUGCGUGCAUUUGUGCAGCAGCCACCCCCCGGCUUGGACGCUGGCUUGAUAGAGGGAGCCGCCAAAGAAGACGUCCUGGUGCGCCAUGUGAGGAUGCAUCCGGGCAUGGGCCCAGACGUGCUUGAGCGGGUUUUAGGAGGCCCGGGAGGCAUUGGUGCCAGGAUAUGGCUCAAGUCGGUGGAGAGUCAAGUCGGUGAGGCGCGUCAAGUUCCUACGCAAAUCAGCAUUGAAGAUGGCUAUAUGCGUCUGGACACGCUGGGUGCAGUAGUCCAGGAGCUACGCAUGCUGGCCAAGAGACUGCUCGAGAGAAUGCAUACCGACUUGCUCGCAGACGACCUAGACAGCGUCGACGACGCAGCUUCGCUCCCUGCACCCACGCCCAAGCGCUGGCUGGCUCAUCCAAAGACGAUGCGCCUGUCCACGCGACCACGCCCACCUCAGACGCCAGACGGUAGUCGAAACCGGCCGUCUGCGCGCAUCUCCAAGUCUGCCCCCAUGCCGGCGUUUGUGUUCAAGCUCAACGAGGACUUGUCGACGGUGCCUGAGAAGCUGGUCCAGCGAGUACUGCUUCCUCUGUUUCGGAAAUUGCAGGGACAGAGGAGCGGUUGGAAUCUUAGCCUGGUCAACGUGGCUGCCACCAACAUGUCCGGUCAUGGGCGUGGAAAAGGCGGUGUUGGUGCUGGCAAAGAUAUCGGCAACAUGUUCAAGCACCAACAUCUAGUGCUUAGGCAACGGAGCGAGGAAGGUCGAGCAGGCGAAUCCGAUUCCACGAAUGACACUGGGGAGGGGUUAGAAUUAAGCCUAAAGACAGACUAUCGCAUAGCUCGUGUAAGAGUCGGUUCCGAAGGCCUGCCAACUUCCUCUCAACAGGCCAGUGCGGCUUCCGCCUCCGAUGUGUGCGUGUCCGAGGUUGAGCAAAUGACCGACGGCUAUCUGCUUUGCUGCGACGAGUGCGGUGCUGCUAUGCCGAUGUUUGCCAUGGGCGCGCAUUACCGCUGGCACGCACAAGCACAGCUUCCAUCAGACGUAGGUUCACUAGAUAGGCAGAUACACUCAAAAAAAAGGCAAAUAAUCAGCAGCCGACUAGGCGGGUCGGAGGUCCCGUGA